AGAGGGAUACCGAGCAAAGGAUAAACAGGGCAUAUAGCAUUAGCAGCAAAGAUGCGUUACCAGAUAAACAAAGCAAUCGAAACAAACGAUCAAGAUGAAAUGAAACUUCAGUCUUGUAAAGUAUUUCGUACGAGUAGGUUGCGUCAUUCGCAAUCUUCCUCGUGGGUGCAGAGUUUCGGUCGGCGGAAUUGGCUGGACCGGAAUGCCACGGUGUCCGUCCGGACACGACACUGCCUACAAAGUGCUGUCCCAGAUCAUCUUCCGUCGUCUGUCACCUAAAACGAAUGAGUUCGUGGGAAGUUAUCAAGUCGGAUUCAUCGACGGCCGGUCGACAACGGACCAGAUCUUGACCAUACGGCAAAUCCUCCAAAAAUGCCGUGAUUACCAGGUCCCAACGCAUCACCUGUUCAUCGACUUCAAAGCGGCAUACGAUAGUAUCGACCGCGCAGAGCUAUGGAGAAUCAUGGACGAAAACGGCUUUCCUGGGAAGCUGACUAGACUGAUUAAAGCAACGAUGGAUGGUGUGCAAAACUGCGUAAGAGUUUCGGGUGAACUAUCCAGUUCAUUCGAAUCUCGCCGAGGACUGCGACAAGGUGAUGGACUCUCAUGCCUACUCUGCAACAUCGCUCUGGAAGUUGUGAUGCGACGAGCCAGGCUCAACAGCCGGGGAACGAUUUUCACAAAAUCCGGUCAAUUUGUGUGCUUUGCGGACGACAUGGACAUUAUUGCAAGAACAUUUGGAACGGUGGUAGAGCUGUACACCCGCCUGAAACGAGAAGCAGCAAAAGUCGGACUGGUGGUGAAUGCCUCUAAAACAAAUAUUAAAUUACAUGCCGGUACUAGGCGCAACCGAACACGACCGGAUCCGUCAGGAUAGUAAUGUUACGAUAGACGGGGAUACUUUCGAGGUGGUGGAGGAAUUCGUCUACCUCGGAUCCUUACUGACGGCUGACAACAACGUGAGUCGUGAAAUUCGGAGGCGCAUCAUUUCCCCUAAUGCCCUAGAGGGUUAAUUGACCCUUGAUACUCCUCGGUGCUCCUAGGAUACCUUAAUAACAACUUCACCGAAGAUCGCAUUCAAAUCGGACGCCUCGUUAAGCCUUAAAAGCAGCUAUGUAUUGCAGAGGCUCCAGGGAUGUUCAGGUCUGCUAUGCAAACAUGCCUGGACAAGGAAGUUUUCCCAGAGGUUUGGAAGUGGCCGAACCUAGUACUAUUGCCAAUGGCGGGGAAACCACCCGGAGACCCGUCGGCAUAUAGACAAAUAUGGUUGAUCGACGCGGCAGCUAAGGUGCUCGAAAAGAUCAUCCUCAACAGACUGUUGCGGCAUAUCGAGGGUUUAAAUGAUCUCUCGAGCUCAGUUCGGCUUCCUAUUACAAAGCUCGCUGAGAUAACGCUCCAGCGUAAGAGGAGACUACAGUGCAGUAGUGACUCUGGAUGUAAUGACUAAUGAGUUCCAUCAUAGGAAGGUGGACGCACAGGUUGAUCCCGAGGGUCAAUAGUUUGGUAUGUACCGGCGCCAUGUACUUGCCCUGCCCACACCUGACUCAGGUUUGAUCAAGAGGAAACAGCGGAACACGUUUUUUUUUCGUGUGCCAGCGUUUUCGCAUAAUGCGUGGUCACAUGCGGGGAGGACACAACUCCGGACAAUCUUGUCCAAAGGAUGUAUAAUAAAGAGUUUGGCUGUAAUGCUGUUUCAUCGACUAUCACCCACAUCGUUUUGGAGCUACAGAGAAGGUUGCGCAUGGACUCGGAGAAUGGCUAGUUCAGAAGCUGUACAAAAGUUGGUCCAAAGGUUCGGAAUCGGCUACGUGGGUUAUACCGGUGCCCUGCGGUCGAAAUCGAACCUUACAGCCAAGGAUGGGAACACUCACUUUCAAAGAGUUACACUCAGUUGCAGUUUUCUCAGCUCAGAAGCGUGCAAUCAAAAAACGAUGUAUGGACGACUUUUGCCUGGUGAUUUUGUCUAAAACUUUGCCGAAUAGAGUAGGGGUCGUACGCGUAUACCGAAGUCGUGAGGGAGCUGCGAAGGCAACUCUCCACGAGGUGAAUGUAAAUUACACUCACCUCGUGGAGAGUCGCUUUCACAGCUCUGUCACGACUUUGGAAUUCGUGUGCGACCCCUACUCUAUUUGGCAAAGUUUUAGACAAAACCACAAGGCAAAAGUCGUCCAUACAUCGUUUCUUGAUUGCACGCUUCUAAGCUGAGAAAAUAGCAAGUGAGUGCUACUCUUUGCAAGUGAGUGUUCCCAUCCCUGCUUACAGCGAUUAAGUGGCCGCGGGGAGAACAUCCUGGUAGCGUUGCUGUCGUGGCGUCGGGCUACUGAGUUGGAUACGAGCCUGCGGUUGAAAAGGGGUCCCCGGUAAGGGCCGGAGCAGGUAUCAGCAACUCCUUCUCGUGCUAAUUGAUAGGACCUGCGCAUUCAGCAGGUCAAAUCACGUUGCAUGCAAGUAUAAGUUAUUGAUGCUUGCUGAACAAAUGGAGUGGUAAGGACCACUCGGGAAACUGGCAAGGCGCCAGCUUGCUACUUUGGUGGACUCCCCAAACAGUUCGUUGCUGCAGCUUAAGCAGCAAACCUUGAGGGUGCGAUAUGCACUAGCCCCUCUCUGAAGCAAUGCAGAGUGUCUACUCAUAAGACAAAAUAAAAUUCCCUGAGUUUUCCAGGAUUUUCCAGGGGGAAAUUUUAUAUGUCAAAAAUACAAAAAUGGGCCGAAAUUUCAUAAAAUUUCUAUUUCAAUUUCUUCUUUUGAAAAACUAUACAGAAAUGUCCUCAAAACUUCAACUAAAAUUUAAAAAAAAAUGCGCAUGAUUUAUUAUUCAAGAGAUUCUACCAAAUUGCUGAAUUCUGAACCGUUAAACUUUUUUGAAUAUAAUACAAAAAUCGGUGAAGGAAUAUUUCAAAAUUUUCCUCAAAGUUCUUUUGGAUUAUUUGAAAGAAAUCGCUCAUUCAGCAGUUUCAAAACAUUCAGGAGUUCAAUCAGUAAUUCCACAGACUAUAUUUCAUACACUGUUUUGAAUAUAAACUUCGAUGUUUGUACUCUGUGCUGGUGGAAUAGUAAUGUAGAUUUCGAAAUUCUACCCAUGAUUCUUUUUUUAAAUCUUUCCAGAAUUCCAUCUUUAAAUUCAUUUCCUGUGUCUCGCAGUUUUUCCUUGAAAUUAUCUACGGUUUUUCUUUUUUGGUUUUCUCCAGUUUCCAUAGUAUAUCUAGAGGUUUUUACGUAAAUAGCUCCUUCCGAGAUUUUUCCCGAUUUCAGGCUUUUCGAGAUUUUUCCCGGAGUGUCUGAUAGAGUAUGUACCCCCGAACUUUCUUCCAGAAUUCCUCGCUGGUUGCUCCCGCAGAUCUUUCUAAUUUUUUCCAAAGUUCUUCCAGAAAUUUUUCUUAGUGUGUUCGGAAUAGUUUUCCAACAGUUUCUCUCGACAUGUUUGCAGAAGUUCUUCUAGGGACAGUUUUCAGAUAUUUCUCGUGUAUUUCGAACGUAGUUUCUUCUGGCAUUCCUUUUGAAGGUUUUCGGAGUUCCUCCUUAAAUUUCCUAAAUAUUUCCUCCUGGGAUUAGUCUCAGAACUUUUUUCCGAGAUUCUCCGGAAAUUUCUUACAAGAAAUCUUGUAAGACAUUCCGAGAAAAACUCUGAAAAAAUCCUGUAAGAAAUCUCAAAAGGAGCUUCCACAGUCUCGGUAUAGUUUCUGGUAGAGAUUCCGGGAAAAGCUCUGAGAAUAAUCCCGAAAAAUCUGUAAGAAAAUGAUCUCAGUUGGAUCACUGCAUGAAAUUAGAUAAUUAACCCUGAUAUAAAGAUAACAUCAGAUAAAGAACUCUGAGAAACUUCAAACAGGAUCAAUACCGGAAGGAAUCUUCUGAGAGAAGUCCCGAGAAAAACUCCGAGAGAAAUCGCCAAAGAAAUCCCGCGAGAACUUAUGUAGAAAUCCAAGGAGAAACUCUAGAAGAAAACUAUCGGAUUUUUUUUAAGAAUCCACGUGAGAAACUUUGGAAAAAAUAUCGGAAGGAAUUCCUGCAAAAAAAUUGUGAAAAACUCCUUAAACCCUUGAAAAAGCUUUUGUAGAAAUCCCAAGAAUAACUUUUUCAACAGGAAUCCCGAGAGAAACUCUAACAUAAAUUUCGCGACAACAUCUGUUAUAUAUCCUGAGAGAAGCUCAUGUAAAGAUCACGGCUUGACUCCUGGUAGGAAUCCACGGAUACUCUGGGAGCAAUACUGGGAAAUCCUCUAAAGAAAUUCUGUAUGAAGAUUUGAAGAUUCUCAAGGAAGAAUCCCGAAAAAAAAAAGCUGUUAGGAAUCCGGAAGAAUCCCCGGAAGGAACACCAAGACAAAUGGAUUGAAAAAAUACGGAAGGAAUCUUGUAAAAAACUCUGGGAUGAAUUUCAAGAGGUAGUUCCAAAAGAACUUCCAGAUAGAAAAUUUCUUGAAAAAACGUUGUAGCAUAUUUUCUAGAUGGAUAUACUACCACUACAUAAUCGACAUUUUUUUAUUCAUACCCUCGAUGCUGUAUAAGCUCUGUGGACUCUAUUUCAAAGUAGAUCUUCGAGUAAUGAAACUCGCUACUUUUUAUUUUUGCGACCCAGCGUUUUAUUUUUUUGUCGAUGCAAAAUUUCCCUGAGUAUGCACGAUAUUCCUGUAAUGUCCAUUUAGUUAAUUAUUUUUAGAGUGCUUUUACUAUAAAGGUAAAUCGAGUAAUGAUUAUACUUAUAAUGGGUAUAUUCGGGUUUGAGUGUAAAGACAAAUGUCAAAUGAGUUUAUAGCAAAAGCCAUCGAGUAAACCGUCCGAUUACUGUCGGGCUCUCUUGGAUUCUAGACACCGAUCGUGCUACACGCAUCUCUACAAGCUCCGAAAACCUAGCUUCAAAGUGUUCUACCUUUUUCAUCCGUUGUUAAGUUGUUCUCCCGUGCUAGUCUACCUUGGCUGUGUUUCUCAAGGAUAAAACGUAAGAUUAAUAGUGGACGACGAGGAAAACAGUGAAGUGAAAGCGUGCUACCACCUGGACUGCAGCGGCCGGAUCUUUGACUUUCGGCGCCGGGACGUUUGACCUUCAGCGCGACCGCAACCCUUUCGAUCCCGGAGGAUUUCGGACGGCUACGUUGGACGGACGAACAAAGCAGGAAAAAGCAUCGGAUUUUUUCCGUAGGGGAGAAACUUUCGACGAUUUUUGGUAGAGCCGUAAAACAAGUUUGUGGCAGCUCAUCGACUGUUCAUCCAGCGAUUUUUUUUUUCUAUUUGGAAUUAGCGGUGUGAUUUUAUUUCUGAUAAUAUUAUCGGCACUGGAGAGGUGUAAUUGAUAAAAAUGUCUCACGUAGCUCCAAACAUUGACCCCUACCGUAAAGGGCAGUCUUUCGCUUCUUGGUUUAAGCGACUCGGGUACCAUUUCCGCAUAAAUAAAGUGGCGGACGAGAACAAGAAAGAUCAAUUGUUUCUCUUGGGGGGCGAAUACCUAUUCGAGGUGGCCCAAAAUUUAUACCUUAGUGAGGAAUUGCUAGACGCAGCCCCACUGGAUGAAUUGGUACAAAAACUAAAGCAAAAGCUUGAUAAAACGGAUUCAGCUUUGAUCCAGCGGUAUAAGUUUGGGUCACGGAUGCAACAACCGGACGAAAAGGCCAGUGAUUUCUUAUUUUCCCUAAAGCUUCAGGCUGAGUACUGCAAUUUCAAGGAUGACAAAGAUGGCCGUAUUCUUGACCGGGUUCUCAUUGGGCUGUCUGAUGACGCUUUGAGACAAAAAUUGUUGACUGAAGACGAGAAAAACUUGAACUUAGCCCAAGCGGAGAAAAUAAUAACUACUUGGGAAAUGGCCACUUCUCAUGCUAGAGCCUUAACAAGGGAGGAUUCUUCCGCACAAAUCGCAUCCAUAGGUAGCCUUACUGGUGGUCGAGGGGCGGUUUUGCGGCGUAUGGCGGAUUUAGCGCAGGGCCGAGGUCGAGUUCCCGUGAAAAGCCGUUUAGGUUACAGGCCACAGUACAAAUCGCCGGCGAGGAGUGCCGACCGCAGCUCGAAACCAUACAACAGGUACGACCAAGGGUAUAACGACCGCGCUCAUUUUCGCAGUCCAUCGCGAAACAGGCAGCCCAGAAAUGUGCGCUUCGAGGAAUCACAUCGCCGCUAUCAGGAUGCGCCGGUGUACCCUGCGGAGCUGGAGGCUGAACAACAAGUGGUGAUCGAUCAGAGAAUUUGCAGUUAUUGCGGAGUUCCGGGGCACGUUAAGAGGAAGUGUUUCCGGUUAAAGCAGCUCAAAAAAGACCCUAUCAAUAAUGUCAACUUGGGAAAGUCUGGUUCGAGCACGGUGAACACUAUAUCGAACAUGAUGAACCAGAUGGCUUGGGAUGAUUCUAGCGACGAUUCAGAUCAAGGUGAUUUAGAGUGUAUGCAUAUUUCUUCUAUUAACCAUUUAAGCAGCCCUUGUUUACUAGAACUAACCGUUGCGGGGAAAAUUUUGCAAAUGGAAGUUGAUAGUGGAGCUUCUGUUUCUGUGAUUGGGAAAAGGUUGUUUGAUACUAGGCUAAAUGUGCCUCUUAGGAAAAGCUCUAAAAACUUGAUAGUGGUAAAUGGUUCCAGUUUAAACGUUGCUGGGGAGGCGGUUGUUAUGGUUGAAUUUCGAAAUAUACAAAAGAAUUUGAAACUUUUGGUGUUGGACAAUGAUCAUGAUUUUAUUCCUCUGUUAGGCAGAACAUGGUUGGAUGUUUUCUUUCCCAACUGGCGCAAUUAUUUCGACAAUUUAGUACCUGUAAAUAAUGUAGGGCAUAAGGAUGGUGAUUUAAUGGAUAUUAUUAAGGAAAAAUUUGCCGACGUUUUUAUCAAAGAUUUUUCAUCUCCUAUCAACGGUUAUGAAGCCGAACUGGUUUUAAAAACAGACACUCCUAUUUUUAGGAAAGCUUAUGACGUUCCCUACAGACUAAGGGAUAAAGUUUUAACUUAUUUAGAUAGAUUGGAAAAAGAGAAUGUUAUAACUCCGAUUCAAACAAGUGAAUGGGCAUCUCCUGUUAUAGUUGUAAUGAAAAAGAAUGGGGAUAUACGGUUAGUAAUUGAUUGCAAAGUUUCAAUCAACAAACUCAUCAUUCCCAACACCUAUCCUUUACCUGUAGCUCAAGAUCUUUUUGCUGGAUUGGCAGGAUGUAAAGUGUUCUGCGCACUUGAUUUGGAAGGCGCUUAUACACAGUUGUCAUUAACAAAAAGUUCAAGGAAAUUCAUGGUGAUAAAUACGAUUAAAGGUCUUUUUAUUUACAAUAGAUUGCCUCAGGGGGCUUCCUCUAGUGCAUCUAUUUUUCAGCAAAUAAUGGAUCAAAUUUUGCAGGGAAUUGAUAAUGUUUAUGUCUAUUUGGAUGAUGUUCUCAUAGCAGGAAAGGAUUUAAAAGAUUGCAGGCGAAAACUUUUUAUUGUUUUGGAUAGAUUGUCCAAAGCAAAUAUUAAGGUGAAUUGGGAUAAAUGUAAAUUCUUUGUGACUAGUUUAGAAUACCUGGGGCAUGUAAUUAGCGAAAAAGGUUUGUCGCCGUGUGCAGAUAAAAUUGCAACAAUCAAAAAUGCCAAAACACCAACAAACGUAACUGAGCUCAAAUCGUUUUUGGGACUAAUUAACUACUAUAACAGGUUCAUUCCGGGUUUGUCUUCCAAAUUACACUGCUUAUAUAACUUGUUGAAGAAAGAAGUCAAAUUCAUUUGGGAUGAUGAGUGCAACCAAACCUUUGAAAGUUCAAAGAAAUCAUUUCUAGAAACAAAUUUUCUUGAAUUUUUUGAUCCCAGAAAACCAGUCAUCGUAGUUUCUGAUGCUUCUGGCUAUGGGCUUGGAGGAGUUAUUGCACAUUCUGUUGAUGGAUUAGAGAGACCCAUUUGUUUUACGUCAUUUUCACUCAAUUCUGCUCAAAAGAAAUACCCAAUCCUUCAUUUAGAGGCGCUUGCACUAGUAUGCACUAUAAAAAAAUUCCAUAAAUUUCUUUAUGGACAGAAGUUCACGGUGUUUACCGACCACAAACCACUUGUAGGAAUUUUCGGCAAGGAGGGAAAGAAUGCUAUUUUUGUAACAAGACUACAGCGUUAUAUUUUGGAAUUGUCAAUAUACGAUUUUGAUAUCCAGUACAGGCCUUCUGCAAAAAUGGGUAAUGCCGAUUUUUGUUCGCGUUUUCCAUUGGAGCAGUCGGUUCCUCAAGAUCUGGAUUUGGAUUGUAUCAAGCACAUUAAUCUCAGCAGUGAUUGUCCAAUUGACUUUACAAGUAUUGCGAAAAACACCAGAGCUGAUUCUUUCCUACAACGUAUUAUGACUUUCAUGCGCCAUGGUUGGCCAAAACGGGUAGAGAAUAAUUUCAAAGAUAUCUUUGCAAAUCAACAGGAUUUGGAAAUAGUUGAAGGUUGUUUGUUAUAUCAGGAUAAAGUAAUAAUACCGCAGAAUUUGCAGAGUGAAAUUUUAAAACUUCUACACGCUAAUCAUAUUGGAAUUGUAAAAAUGAAGCAAUUGGCAAGACGUUCUGUAUACUGGUAUGGAAUUAAUGCUGAUAUUGAAAAAUUUGUCAGUGAAUGUGAUGCUUGUGCUAGUAUGGCAGUGCACCCAAGGCAGAACAUUGAAUCAAAAUGGACACCUUCCACAAGACCAUUUGGUGGAGUGCAUAUCGACUUUUUCUACUUCAAGCAUCAUGUUUUCUUAUUGAUCGUUGACAGUUUCUCAAAAUGGGUGGAAGUUGAGUGGAUGAAAAACGGAACAUCGUGUUCAAAAGUUAUCAAAAAAUUGUUAGCAUAUUUUGCUAGAUUUGGGUUUCCGGAUAUUUUAGUAUCAGACAAUGGCCCUCCAUUCAAUGCUCAUGAUUUUAAGAACUUUCUUGAAAGGCAGGGAAUAAGAGUUCUAAACAGUCCUCCGUACCAUCCAGCCAGUAAUGGUCAGGCGGAGAGAUUUGUUCGCACUGUUAAAAAUGUUUUGAAAAAGUUGCUUCUUGAUCCAGAAUACAUGCAUUUGGAGUUGGAGGACCUGAUAAACGUUUUCUUAAUCAAUUUUAGGAAUAAUAGUUUGACAAUGGAGGGUUUCUUCCCUUCAGAAAAAGUUUUAGCAUAUACCCCAAAAGUGUUAAUCGAUUUGAUUAAUCCAAAACGACAUACUACACACUUAAUUUUGAUUACCGAGUUCGGUAAUUUUUUGACGAGAUUAAAACUGCUGAGCACCGAACUCGUUCAGCAAAAAUGCAUUGUUUACCUUUUCCAUACGAUUUUGACAGUUGUUUUACUGAGCCUCAGUAAAAUCGAUUACCGAAACUACCGAGAUCGUACUGCUGUUAUAAUCUCGUCAAAAAAGUACCGAACAGGCAAUUCAGAAAUAAGUGUGUAACAAUAAUAAUAUGCAAACUAAAACCAAUAACGCCAAUGAUGAAACAAAUAACAGAGCAAUGGAUUAUAAUACCAAAGAGAUUCAUAAGGAUCCUUUGGAUAGUCUGAUGGCGGGAGAUAUUUUGUGGUACAAAAACCAUGAUCCCCACCACCAGGCUAAAUGUUUAAAAGCGCAUUUUAUAAAA